UAUUCCCAUUUCCCCAAUACCAAAAAAAUACAUUAACCAUUAUAAUAGCUCAGAAUGUCUCUGCAUUAUCUGACAUCAGAUGCGAAAUUGGCAGAGGAAUUGCAGAAGCAAUUUGUUAUUGCAGAGUCCUUACAAAUUUUCGCAAGGUAUGAAAGGGGGUUGAUUGAGUCAGCUAUUCCGAAUCGAGAGAAAUUAUACUGUCCUUAUAAAAAAUGUGCAAAAUUGCUGAGCCAUGAUCCUGAUGACGAUGAAGAGAUCGUUAUGAAGGGGAAAUGUCCUUGGUGCGCAGGACUGUUGUGCGCGCGGUGCAGAGUACCUUGGCACACUGGGCGUGACUGUCAACAGUUUCAGGAAGAAGAAAAAGACAGAGAAGAUGACUUAAGGGUUAAGCUACUUGCUGAAAAUCACAAAUGGAAGAAUUGCCCUCAUUGCAAUUCUCUUGUUGAUAAAGUUGACGAUGGCUGUGUACACAUCACUUGCAGGUGUAAUGAGGAAUUUUGCUACGCAUGUGGAGCAACUUGGAGCAAAAGGCAUUGGAAUUGCCAGACUCGUUAAUCCAAUUGGAACAUGAAGAUGGACAAAUACGACUACAAACAAUAAAAAUUUAUCAAUGAAACCUGUCGUAAUAUUUCAUUAUAUAUGAUUUUUUAAAAAUACGAUACCAUAUUUAUUUCAUGUUAAUUAAAGUGAGUUGAUGAUACAAAAGUUACUUAAUCAUGUCGUUAAUUUGAUGCGCCAUUCAAGUUGUAGUAUUAUUAUUACAAACUUGAUCAGCCUUGUUUAGCAGUCACUCGUUGAGUUGUUGUUAUGCUUAAUAUGUCGUUAAUUUGUUGUUUUGCUUAUUACUUGUUCAUUUUAAAGUAACAUAUUUAUUGAGUACCAAACUUUUUUACUCA